UUUGAACCUGCUACCUCCAGCAUAUGGGGCCAGUGCCCUACUCCUUGAGGCGCAGGUGCCACCCUGCAUAAUUAUUCUUAAUUAGCUUUCAUAGUAACCAUAAAUGUUCUGAUCAAACAUUUUCCCAAGCUCACUUAAAGCAGCAUGCUUUCUUUGAACUUAGGUUUUAUGUCCGUCUUCCUCAGGGUCCCCUGUUGUUGCCUCCUUUUCAUGCCCCACCUGGUUGGGCUUUGUAUUGCUUCCACUCCCAGGAUCUUAUGCUGCCUGCAGUCCUACAUUUUUACCGCACCCUGGACUCUGGCUUUUAUUUUGAUUCAUGCUCUCAAAUGUGUCUUCAAGCAAAUUCUGUUAGAAACUCUGAACUUCACACAUUGACAGCCUCCAUCCAGGAAUCCCUACUCAGUUAUACAAUCAUUCUAACUUUUCUUGGUCAUCUAGAGCUUUCUAAUUAGAUUUUACAUUUAUCUUAAGUAACUAUUCCUUGUACUUAGAAGAAAAACAUUAUGUAAGUCAAAGUUGUAUUCUAGAAUUGAAUACUUGGAAGCACAGAUUUUCACGCAUGCCUCACACGAGGAGGAGGUACACAGCACUUCUUAACUGGGGCCUACAGCUUUAUGCUAAAAGGAAAAUUUUGGUGGACUUGUCAAAGGCUUUUGAAUCAUUUAGGGUUCAAAUUGACAAAUUUUUUUGUAUUUCUGGCAGAUAUUUUAGAACUUUUUUUUUUUUUUUGAAACAAGUCUCACUCUGUUGUUUAAGCUGGAGUACAUCCAACCUAUAGAUCACAGCAACCGCAAACCCCUGGGCUCAGCAAUCCUCCUGCCUCAGCCUCUUGAGAACUGCGACUAUAGGUGCCCUCUUCCACACCCCGCUAAUUAUUCUAUUUUUGUGGAAAUGGGGUCUUGCUAUGUAACUCAGACUGGUCUUGAAUUUCUGGCCUUAAGUAAUCCUCCUGCCUCAGUCUCCUAAAGUGCUAGGAGUAUAGGUAUGAGCUACACCUGUAGUACCCCGGCAGAAGUAGGUUUUUUUUUUUUUUUUUUUUGUCUGAUUGUUUUUUUAACGCUGAGUCUCACUAUGUCACCCUCGGUAGAGUGCUGUGGCAUCACAGUUCAUGGCCACCUCAAACUCUUGGGCUUAAGUGAUUCUCUUGCCUCAGCCUCCCGAGUAGCUGGGACUACCGGCACCCGCCACAACGCCCGGCUAUUUUUUGUUGCAGUUGUCAUUGUUGUUUUAGCUGGCCUGGGCCAAGUUCAAACCUGCCAGCCUCACUGUAUGUGGCUGGCGCCAUAACCACGGAGCCACGGGCGCCAAGCCAAGAAGUAGUCUUUGAGGGAUCAUAUAUCCUAACAUUUUUCAAGGACUUCAUUGGAUAGUUUUCUGUCACUCUUGAAGCUAAGAAUCAAGGAAAUUCGAGGGACUUUGCUUCAUUCAUAUCUUAGGCAAGUAAUGUGACUCCCAAAGAAAUUUCUAAAAUUCACCACUCAGUGAUGAUCAGGAAUCAGUGUCUUUCAUAGCUAGCUAUUUACUUCAAGAUUUAGCAAAGAAUUUUUUCUUUUGGUAGGAAAACAUCUCUGAAAAAUAUGAUUUAAGAGGUUGUAAAGAGUUUCUCUUUUUUAAGAAAAGCAUCUUUGGGGGCGGUGCCUGUGGCUUAGUGAGUAGAGCGCCGGCCUCAUAUAUUGAGGGUAGUAGGUUCGAACCCAGCCCCGGCCAAACUGAAACAAGAAAUAGCCAGGUAUUGUGGCGGGCACCUAUAGUCCCAGCUACUCGGGUGGCUGAGACAAGAGAAUCGCCUAAGUCCAGGAGUUGGAGGUUGCUGUGAGCUGUGAUCCACAGUACUCUACCGAGGGCGAUAAAGUGAGACUCUGUUUCUACAAAAAAAAAAAAAAAAUUUUUUUGGGCUGUGCCUGUGGCUCAAAGGAGGAGGGUGCCAGCCCCAUAUGCCGGAGGUGGCAGGUUUAAACCCAGCCCUGGCCAAAAACUGAAAAAAAAAUAAUAAUAAUAAAUUAAAAAUUAAGAAAGAAAAAUGGGUGGCGCCUGUGGCUCAAAGGAGUAGGGUGCUGGCCCCAUAUGCCAGAGGUGGUGGGUUCAAACCCACCCCUUGCUAAAAACUGCAAAAAAAAAAAAGAAAGAAAGGAAAAGCAUCCUUGGGCCAGGUGCCAUGGCUCGUGCCUAUAAUCCUAGCACUUUGAGAGGCCGAGGCAGGUAGAUUGCCUGACUUCAGGAGUUUCAGACCAAUCUGAGUAAAAGCGAAAUGUCAUCUCUAAAAACUAGCCAGGGGUUGUGGUGGGUGCCUAAUAGGUCCCAGCUACUGGAGAAGCCCAGGCAAGAAGAUGACUUGAGGGCGGCGGCCCCAUAUACCAAGACUGGCAAGUUCGAACCCGGCCUGGGCCUGCUGAACAACAAUGACAACUGCAACCAAAAAAUAGCCAGGCAUUGCAGCAGGCACCUGUAGUCCCAGCUACCUGGGAAGGCGAGGCAAGAAAAUCACAUAAGCCCAAGAGUAUGAGUUUGCUGUGAGCUGUGAUGCUACGGCACUCUACCCAGGAGUAAGACUCUGCCUCAAAAGAAAAAAAAAAAGAAGAUGACCUGAGCCCAAGAGUUUGAAGUUGCUAUGAGCUAUGAUGCCACGGCACUCUACCAAAGGCAACAAAAUGAGACUCUGUCUGAAAAAAAAAAAAAAAAAAACAGAAAAGAAAAAGAGAAGCAUUUCUAAAACCUGUAUAGAAUGGUUCUCCUAUUAAUAAUGGCAACACCUUCAUUAUUUUUUCUGAUUACAAAACUACUUCAUCUCCACAAAAAAGGUCUGUGUUGUACGUAGUGUAGAAACUGAAAGCUGCCCUAUAAAUUUCUCAUUCCAGAGAAAACAGUUUCACGUAUAGCUCUUAAGAGUACUUAAUUGUUGGUUUUUAAAGACAUUACUAUAGCUACUGAUUUUGUAACCUGUUUCCCCUUCUCCAUCCCUACUUAAAUGUUUUGUUCAUCUUUCCAUUAAUGCCUUACUGAUUAUAAUGGCUGCCCGUAACUUCAUCAAGUAGUUGUACUCUGUUAAGUUUUACUAGUACUCUGCUAAUAGUUAAGGUCAUUUUACCAGUUUUACUAGUAUUCUGCUAAUAGUUUAGGUUGUUUCAAGAUGAUGAGCAAAGCUGUGUUGAACAUCCUCAUACACAGUAUAUUGUGUUCCAGUAGGUUAAAAAAUAUCUUUACUAGUGUCUUCCCUAUAUUCAUUUAAGGACAAAGUACUUUUUUUUUUUUUUUUGGCCGGGGCUGGGUUUGAACCCACCACCUCUGGCAUAUGGGACCGGCACCCUACUCCUUGAGCCACAGGCGCCGCCCUAAAAGUACUUUUUUCUUAUUGUUGCUUGGUUUAAUUUGGUUAAUUUGGGAUUUUGUUUCUUUUUUUUUUAUUAUUGUUAAAUCAUAGCUGUGUACAUUAGUGCAAUCAAGGGGUACAAUGUGCUGGUUUCAUAUACAAUCUGAAAUAUUCUCAUCAAACUGUUCAACGUAGCCUUCAUGGUAUUUUCUUGGUUAUUGUAUGUAGACAUUUGUAUUCUGCCUUUAGUAAGUUUCACCUGUACCCAUUCUAAGAUGCACCGUAGGUGUGGCCCCACCCAUUACCCUCCUUCCACCCUAACCUCCUCCCUCCCUUCCCCUUCCUUGGCCCUUUCCUCAUAGUCUUGUGCUAUAGUUGGGUUAUAGCCUUCAUGUGAAAGCUAUAAUUUAGCUUCAUAAUAGGGCUAAGUACAUUGGAUACUUUUUCUUCCAUUCCUGAGAUACUCUGCUAAGAAGAAUAUGUUCCAGCUCCAUCCAUGUAAACAUGAAAGAGGGCCCGGGACAGCCAAGAUAGAAACAUCUGCUGCUGGGCAGUUCAGCAAGUCUUUCUCGUUUUCUCCAUCGGGGACAGUUGGCUUUAAUUUUGGAAUAAUCACACCAACACCAUCUUCUAAUUUCACUGCCACACAAGGGGCAACUCCCUCCACUAAGGAGUCAAACCAGCUCGACACAUUCUCAUUUGGUGGGGGAGGCAAACCUUUUUAUGAGACUGUUCCUGAAAGCUCUCCUCCUGGAAUCAUAGCAACACCCAUCCUCACAGGAGCUGCCACUACAUCUCCAGGAGAGACCUCUCCGUCCGGCAGCAGACCUGUGGCACCUUCUGGAAUUGCUCUUUCUACCACCUCUAGCAAGUUGGAAACUCCACCAUCGAAGUUGGGAGAGCUUCUGUUUUCAAAUUCUUUGGCUGGAGAAACUCUAGGAAGUUUCUCAGGACUACGGGUUGGCCAAGCAGAAGAUGCUGCAAAGCCAGCUAGUAAGACUUCAUCCACAAGCCUAACUAGUGCCCAGCCUACCAAGACGUCAAACGUGCCCUCAGGGUUUAGUUUUAGUGGCCCUGCAGCAUUAGGGAAGCAUGUGGAGCCCUCUGUGACCUCUUCUGUCACCACCACCACCACAGUAGCAUCACCAACAGUUGUGAGCCCGAGCACCAGCAGUUCCUCGGCUGGUGUUUUUAGCAGUCUACCACUCACCAAUGCAGGGCCCUCUGGGGCAGUCAGUCUUGGUGGGACAUCUCUAAGUGGUGGCAAGACUAGUUUUUCAUUUGGAAGCCAACAGGCCAGCAGCGUAGUGCCAUCUACCCCACCGUCAGCUACAGCUGCCAGCGGCACUCCACUUCCAACAUCAUUCCCCACCUUGUCAUUCGGUAGCCUCCUGACUUCAACAUCUGUCCCCUCCCUGCCUGUGUCCUCUGGUAAAAGCACAGAGGCAGCUGCGUCAUCGGCUUUGCCCGAGAAGCCAGGCGGCAGUGAGGGCUCAGUGUCAGCAACCUCACUCCCAGGGCAGCAGCCAUCAGCCCAGCCUCCCCAGGCUCCACUGCAAACUUCGGACUCUGUUAAGAAAGAACCCGGUCCUGUCCACCCCACAGUCAGCACUGCAAGCACCGCAGCAGCUAGUGCCAGUCUCGCAGCACCUUCUGCAGAGUCCAUGCCAGCAGCCACGGUGGGCCCUGAUGGCAGGGUGGAGGCAGCAUCUCCUGUUUCCACCUUCUCGGUGCCUGGACAGGCAGCUGUCUCAGCUCCUGCUGUCUCGAGUCCAGGCCCUGUGACCAUCGAAACAUCAAGUGCCCCCACAACCUCUAGCACUGCUUCCAGCAUUGCUCCCAGCCCAGCUACAGAGGCAGCAGUGUUUGGGGCUGUCACUUCUGGCUCGUCAGUCUUUACUCAGCCCCCUGCUGUGAGUUCAAGCUCAGCCUUCAGCCAGCUCACCACCAACACAGCCACUGCCCCCUCUGCCACCCCUGUGUUUGGGCAGGUGGCAGCCAGCACUGCACCCAGCGUGUUUGGGCAGCAGACAGCCAGUGCAGCCAGCACGACAGCCUCCACGCCACAGGUCAGCAGCUCAGCGUUUGGCAGUCCAGCUUUUGGUGCCUCAGCCUCAGGAGUCUUUGGACAGACGACCUUUGGGCAGGCCCCGGCCUUCGGGCAGUCGACAAGCAGCCCCGCGGGUGGCUUCUCCUUCAGUCAGCCUGGGUUCAGUUCCGUGCCUGCCUUCGGCCAGUCUGUUUCUUCCACCACCACAUCCACCAGUGGGAAUGUCUUCGGUGCCUCUUCAAGUGCCAGCAGCUCUAGCUCCUUCACAUUUGGACAGUCCUCUACCAAUGCAGGAGGGGGGCUGUUUGGCCAAACAAGCCCUCCUGCUUUUGGUCAGAGUCCCGGCUUUGGGCAGGGAGGCUCUGUGUUUGGUGGAGCCUCAGCCGCCACCACCACUGCAGCGUCCUCCGGGUUUAGCUUUUGUCAAGCUUCAGGUUUUGGGUCCAGUAAUACUGGUUCUGUGUUUGGUCAAGCAGCCAGUACUGGAGGAACAGUCUUUGGCCAGCAGUCAUCCUCUUCCAGUGGCAGCGUGUUUGGGCCUGGAAAUACUGGAAGAGGGGGAGGUUUCUUCAGUGGCCUUGGAGGGAAACCCAGCCAGGAUGCAGCCAACAAAAACCCAUUCAGCUCAGCCAGCGGGGGCUUUGGAUCUGCAGCCACCCCAAAUACCUCUAACCUCUUUGGAAACAGUGGGGCCAAGACAUUUGGUGGAUUUGCCAGCUCAUCAUUUGGAGAGCAGAAACCCACCGGCACGUUCAGCUCUGGAGGAGGAAGUGUGGCAUCCCAAGGCUUCGGGUUUUCUUCCCCAAAUAAAACAGGUGGCUUCGGUGCUGCUCCAGUGUUUGGCAGCCCUCCUACUUUUGGGGGAUCCCCUGGGUUUGGAGGGGUGCCAGCAUUCGGUUCAGCCCCAGCCUUUACAAGCCCUCUGGGCUCGACGGGAGGCAAAGUGUUCGGAGAGGGGACUGCAGCCGCCAGCGCAGGAGGGUUCGGGUUCGGGAGCAGCGGCAACACCACGUCCUUUGGCACCCUCGCGAGUCAGAACGCCCCCACUUUUGGGUCAUUGUCCCAGCAGACUUCUGGUUUUGGGACCCAAGGUGGUGGCUUCUCUAGUUUUGGAUCAGGCACGGGAGGAUUCAGCUUUGGAUCAAAUAACUCGUCAGUCCAGGGCUUUGGUGGCUGGAGAAGCUGAGUGGGUACCGGCCCUCCUCCUGUUCCUGGGAGAACUGCUUCACCAGCUGACACCAGAGCAGCCUGUUAAAAUGGACGUUGUGAUUGAAAUGCACAGAAAGAAACAACAGAGACUAAAACUCAAGGGACGUUUACUUGCCUGUUUUGUUUUGUUUCGUAUUUCAUGUUGGGUUUCCUUCCACCCCCCACUAUUAAACUGUUUGGUCUGUUUCCAUAUAGAACGUAGUUGGGCUUUUUCAGAUCACAGCCAAGAUAGAAGUUUCCCCAUUUCUGUGGCUCAGAGAAACCAGCAGAGCCUCUGUUAGCCAACAGUGUGUCUUCAAGGGUGGCAUCAGAAGUAGCCAGCAUAGGGUAUUGGUAAAAAAAAAAAAAAAGUGGGGGGCAUAGAACCAGCCCUGGUCUCGCAUGGGACCCAGAGCCCUCCACACAGGGAAGAGGCAGAGUGUCAGUGAGUCACCCCUCUUUAGUCAUAACUUGUCUUUUUCACUGUUGUACAUCAGGACCCCCAAAGGGCCACUCUGUGACUGGGCGAAGGCAAAGGCACUCCCUCUUGCAGGCACCAGUUGAAUUUUGGAAGGGGUAGUAGCACCUUGUAGUAUAGUCACGAUUAGCCAUGAGGCAGACCAGGAUGGCGUCACCUGAGUGCUCCGCAGUGUACUGCCCUCAGAAUGGCCUCAUCAGCUCAGCUCAAUGUCCUCACGGGUACUGUGUGUCCUGCCUUGAAGAGGAAGUGAACAGGGGAUUGAGAAGACAGCCUUUAUUUCUGGUGUGUGGCGGUGACACUGGUGGCCACCCCUGCCCACUGUUAGCCAUGGUGCAGAUAGCCCUUGGGUAGACCCAGGAGUGACAGAGAUACUGCUCUUGCCAGAUACCCCUGGCAGUUUGACGCUGGACUUGAUAGCAGUAUUUGCUAGCAUCACCCAGGGAUUGUAAUUUCAUCUUCAUUAAAGUGCUUAUUUCUCUUCACUGCACUAUCUUUCCAGCCUCGGCAUAUUUUUCAAACCAGGACCACCUCACAUCACAAGUAGGUGUAAUAAGAACCUACCUCUCAGGCUCAGACUUUGAUAGGGCCUUGGGCUUAGGUUGUUAAUGGGGAGCAUUGGAAAGGGACUGGUUUUUAGAGUUUUACAUAUUGGCAGGUUGCAUUUUAAAAUGUUUUAAUAAAAGUUUGACUUAU